UCAAAACACCUGGUGAUGACGUCACUGAGACCGCUGAUGAACACUGCUUGUAAUUGGCCGGAUUGUAAAACUCUGAGUUUGAUUUAUAGCAAAAAAAAAAAAAAAAAAAAACAAAAACUCUGCAGCUUUUAAUGUUGGCGUCUACAAGUUUAUAAUGUGUUGGUUAAGUACAGAUAAUUCGAGUUAACCCGCUAGUUGUGGACCAUGUUUGUCAUUGACAUGACACUAGGAAGAGAGACUGACGAUGGUCGACAAGUACACGGAGCAAUGAAGAUGUUAACUGCUAAUGUGGACUACCGACGUUUUAUGAGCACCUGCUGAGAAAGAACAGGAAGAAAGGGAGUUUAUGACACUAAUGUCUCACAGAGUUGAUUUUCUCAUUAAGGAGGUGAUGAUGGGUCCUGAGGGCAGACCAGCUGAGAAUAAGAUCAAGCUCCUUUUUCAUGACUACGCUUUAAUGCUCAACUUGACACUGAAGUCUCCUUGGUCUGGCGACCAUCCCCGAGGUGGAGUUAUAGGCUUGGUGUGAUGUCUGGCCUGGUGUGGGAAAUGCAACACCUUCACUGCAUUAAAACGCAGUUCUUUUUACAACUCUAUGAAAGGAUCAAGAGUUGAUUUUGAAUCAUCAGGCAGCGGACCAGAUGAACCUGUCCGGGGAAUAGUGAAGGUGGUUAGGUUAGAUCCUCGGUCUCUGGCCCAGUCAGGCUUUGUCAGACAAGGACUGACCCCCAGAAGAGCCCCUUCCCUUGGCUCCAGAAUGCCCUUCCCUGCUUUCUUGGCUCAGGGGCGUCCAGGUCCUGCUCCAGCUGCUAAAACCCCAGUGAGUCCUCUCCACCACCUCAGUCCUAAAAACGGGAUUGAACUGAAGAAGAGGCAGGGCCUGCAGAUGUGGCAGAGAGUCAUAAACAAAGGAGAGAAGACGUACCUACCAGUCAAUCUAAAGGACACCAAACAGAUGUGCACUGCUCUGCCUUUCACUCAGCAUGUGACAGCAGAUGGAUGCAGCACGGUAACUGUGCACAACAAGCUGUGUUUCGGUCAGUGCAGCUCCCUGUUUGUCCCGUCCGAAGGGGAGUUCACUGGACUGGGUGCUUCUGGGACACCUCAUCACCGGGCUCCGUGCUCCCGCUGCGCCCCGUCUAAAUCUCACACGGUGACCGUGCCUCUGCGCUGUGGAGCUGAGGUCAGGGAGAAGCGGCUGGUAGUGGUGGAGGAGUGCAAGUGUGAGACGGGCCGCGAGGAAAGAAGCGCUGAGGUUGCGGCUUUUACACAUCUGUAAUUCUGACAGCUGUUGUCAAAAAACGUGAAGCAUUUCAUCUGUGAUUUUUUUGGAAGAUAUUGCUUUGAAUAUAUUGACUUAAAUCUUCAAAUUCAUGGAAAAUAAGAAGGCAAAUUUAGUUUUUUGAAAAUACAUUUGUAUCUGUUUGUUUACGAAUCUGAAUGUGUUAUUCAGAUGAUUAUAUUGUGGUGUUUUCUAACACUUCCUAAUGACAAAAAGACCAGUAUUUUGGUCAGGAUGCAGUAGACAGCGCU